UUUAAAAGCUUCAUUUAAUGGGCUUAAAUUUUUGUGUCAACGACUCCAAUUGGGUUAGGCCGAGGACGCAGACAUAGAACCUAAUUGACAACUCCUCUAGAGAGAAUAUAAUAGGGACCCGAACCAUAAUGGUUUCCCAAAAUAACCUCUUUUUAUUUGUUUGAUCAACUCUUUCCCUUUUAAUCUUUCUUUCUAUGGCGCAAUUAAUAACAAGUUUGUUGACGAAAACUACCCUUGAAAGAUCAUGGCUUGCACCUCCAGAAAAAGAGUAAAGAAUGAAUGAUUACUUUAAUGUUGGAUCUUUCGUGCUUCUUCAGAUCUCCUCCAUUUAUUUAAGGGCUCUCCCAUAUCUCUCUCACUCAUCUUCCUUUAACUUCAUUUGAAAUCUUUCUUUCCCUAACCAACAAUGUCACUGUCAAUGUCAAUAUCGUCUCCUUCUUUUUGACUUCAAUUUCACAUCUUUUAUCCUUUUUGACCUUCCUAGUUAUAAAUCAUGAGAGUUUUCUAAAGCUCCUGUGAAGAUUUUGAUUAUAGAUUUCUCAAAAUUGUCUCCUUUUACCAUUUUUUUUGUUAGACCCGGCAAUGGAUCCGACUUCAAGAUCCGACCCGCGCCGUCAAUUUUUGGGGGUUUAAGCUUCCGACUUUCUUUAAUCUUUAUCUAUCACGGCGGCGUCGAUGAAACGAUCCGUUAGACCUCUCUUCAGUGCUCUACUCUUCGCCUUCUUCGCCGCCACACUCAUCUGCAGAGUGGCGAUUCGCCGGAGUAGCUUCUCCUUCGCUUCCGCCAUCGCUGAGCUUGGUACCUCCGGACUCAUGACUGAAGAGAUUGUAUUCAACGAGACAUUGCUCGAAUUCGCCGCCAUUGAUCCCGGCGAACCUAAAUUCAAGCAGGAAGUCGAUCUGAUUUCCGAUUACGACCACACUCGGAGAAGCCACCGCCGACAUUUCAGCUCCAUGUCAAGACCAAGCGAACAACCACGCCAUGGGAGCCGAGACAUUGCUUCCUCCAAGUUUCCGGUAAACUCUCAGGUUUAUCGUUACUGGUCAGAGUUCAAAAGAAAUUUACGCCUUUGGGCUCGUAAAAGAGCUUAUGAACCUAAUAUCAUGUUAGAUUUGAUCGGUUUAGUCAAGAAUCCGAUCGAUGUUCACAACGGUGUUGUUUCGAUUUCCAGUGAAAGAUACUUAUCUUGUGCAGUGGUUGGAAAUAGCGGUACAUUGCUGAAUAGUCAAUACGGAGAUCUCAUUGAGAAACAUGAGAUUGUGAUUCGGUUGAACAAUGCGAAAACAGAGAGUUUCGAGAAGAAGGUCGGAUCGAAAACGAAUAUAUCUUUCAUAAAUAGUAACAUUUUGCAUCAGUGUGGGAGAAGGGAGAGUUGUCAUUGUCAUCCCUAUGGCGAAACAGUGCCUAUUGUGUUGUACAUUUGCCAACCGAUUCAUGUUUUGGAUUACACCUUGUGCAAACCGUCUCAUCGAGCUCCUCUGCUUAUCACGGAUCCGAGAUUCGAUGUCCUGUGUGCUAGAAUCGUGAAGUAUUACUCGGUGAAGAAGUUCUUGGAAGAGAAGAAAGCGGAAGGGUUUGUCGAUUGGAGUAAAGAUCAUGAAGGCUCGUUGUUUCACUACUCCUCGGGUAUGCAGGCUGUGAUGCUUGCAGUGGGGAUCUGUGAGAAAGUUAGUGUUUUCGGGUUUGGGAAGUUGAAUUCAACCAAGCACCAUUACCAUACUAAUCAGAAAGCAGAGCUGAGUCUUCAUGACUAUGAAGCAGAGUAUAGAUUGUAUCGCGACCUGGAAAACAAUCCCAGGGCCAUUCCAUUCUUGCCAAAAGAAUUCAAGAUCCCUUUGGUACAAGUUUACCAUUGAAAAUACAUACCAUCAAGAGUUUUGUCAUUGAGUUGUUGUUUCAAGCGAAGAAGCUUGUUGGCAAGAGUUUAUACUCAUUCGUUUUGUCUAAGUCCCAACGAUUUUGCUUGAAGAUUGGGCCAGUGGAGACGCAACACUUUCCAAAUGGUAAGAGUGCUCUUCACAAUUUUUAGAUUUGUGGUGUCACACAUAUUGAAAUGUAUAUGGAAAAUGUAGACGAAAUUCUUAUACACAUCAAUAUAAGUCAAAAUCGUUAA